AUGUUCGACUCACAUGCAUAUAUGGAAGGUGGAAACGCUCUCAACAGCUCCGAACUGUGCGAGGUAGUUCAGCUCUUUGAUAUUCAGUGGGCCACAGCUACUCUCCAGCAGGGCAUAGUUACCGCUCAAGUGGAAUUUAUUAUUACCUAUCCAUUCUUCAACACGAUUAUCUGGAGGUGUGAAGGAUUCAACCAUGAGACAGUUGUUGAUGGAGUGUUAGGGAAACAUCAUCUGACUUUAUAUUUCCAGAAGCCUACAGUGUCUGUUGGUCGUUCUACUACUACUGACACCACUCCGCUAAAUCCCAUCGAGAUCUCUGGAUCAUCUGCUGUAACACAGAGCAUGUACUCCAGCACACUAGGUAGCUCCACAGAUCACUUUGACCUUGAGCUGGAUAUUCCUGGCCUUCUUAUCGAACCAGUCUAUAUAACAUUUGUUUGUAGCGGAAGGAACCUCACUGCCAUUGCGCCACAUCCAGGAUUUGGAAGAGUGUCUACUAUCAUAAACCCAGGUGGCCGCCCAUUGCUAACCAGCGACUACAAGAGUGUUGUUCUGGACCCAGACAUUUGCUUCCGCGACUGUUCUGCUUACAUGGUAGACAUGCUCCAGCCUCAACGCGUGGUCUCGCUAGGCACCAAGAGUGGCUCGGGAAAGACCUUCGGCCUUUCAAUGUUGGAGUCUUUUAUCAGCACCACUGCACCCGCUAAAACUUUGCAGUCAUUUGCUAAGUUAGCGAUCAGGGGCUGGUCUCAAUAUGACCAGCAUCUUGGAGCCCAUUCUGUCCUGAGCCUUGACUUUUCAGUAUUCAAGGUGUCGAGUACCAGUGCAUUUUUCGAAUCUAUCGCUGCAUACGUUAGAAGCGUUUACGAAUCAUGGUACGAGCGGUGUGCUCCGGCGCUGACUGAUGAACGGAGCCAAAGGAUAUUCGUUAAUAUCAUGAGGAACACGGAUGCAGAGGGCUGUCAAAACUUCAAAACAGGUUUAUUCGGGUCGUUUGCAGAGUUGUGCAGGUUUAUCUUUAGGGCCACGCGGCGCCAUCCCGUAGUACUUAUUGACGGCUAUGAUUCACUAACACGAAAGCUAUGGUUUGCUCCCCAUGACACCCUGAGGCAGAUAUUGCCGAUGGUGUCGCUUAUAUUAACAGCGACAGUCACAGAGAAUAUGUGUAAGUACUGUGCAGUAGUAGCAGGAGGCAAUGACCCACCAGUGUACGGGGGCUUUGGUUACGUAAAUUCCCGAUCACUGAGGUGUAGCCCAGAAAUACCGUUGCAUGGGAACUCAGCGUCUAAGGAGAUUCAAAGCCUACAAGGCUCUCUUGUGGGUCACGAGAGUGGAGAGCCGGCAGCAGAUGUAAGAGAAGAGAUUGUCGGAAAUUAUAUGGAGCGUAAUUAA